AUGUCAGACUCGGAGGGGUGCCAGGAGGGCGCGGAAGGUGUCAACAGAUUGGGAGAUGAGUCCUCCGAGGAGAGUGAGAGGCUGACAGCACAGUGGAGCGUGGAAGACGAGGAGGAGGCGGCGAGAGAGCGGCGGCGGCGGGAACGGGAGAAGCAGCUGAGGUCCCAGGCAGAAGAAGGCUUGAAUGGCACUGGCUCCUGCUCAGAGAGCACAGGUCCAGCACAGGAAAACCACUAUGACUUUAAACCAUCCGGGACUUCGGAGCUGGAGGAGGAUGAGGGCUUCAGUGACUGGUCCCAGAAGCUUGAGCAGCGCAAACAGAGGUCUCCACGACAGUCGUUUGAAGAAGAGGACAGUGGUGUGAGGGAAGCAGAAGUCAAACUGGAGCAGAUCCAGUUGGAUCGGGAAAGCCCGGAGGAGAUCCAGGAGGAGAAUGUGGUUACUGGGGAGGAAGAGAGGCUGUGCCAAGAGGAAGAACGGGUCCUAGAGCAGGAGGAUGAGGACAGAGCUGAGCAAGAGGAAAAGAAGAGAAGGAGAAAUGAAGAAGAAGAAACACCAGAAAAACGCCAGAAGGCCCCAAGACCCGCCAGCCUGGAAGAGGAGGAGCUGUGCUCUGACCACACUGCAGUGUGUUCCACCAAGAUCACGGACAGAAAAAAAAAACGCUCAAUAAAGAAAAGUAACAGCAUAAAGAAGUCCCAGCCUCCUCUCCCUGUGUCGAAGAUUGAUGACAGGCUGGAGCAGUACACACAGGCUAUUGAGACAUCCACAAAGGCUCCAAAACCUAUCCGACAGCCCUCUCUUGACCUUCCCACCACAAGCAUGAUGGUGGCCAGCACAAAAAGCCUCUGGGAGACUGGAGAGGUGGCAGCUCAGUCUGCCGUGAAGACCCAGCCCUGUAAGGAUAUCGUGGCUGGAGACAUCGUGAGUAAAAGAAGCCUUUGGGAACAGAAGGGCAAUCCCAAACCUGAGACCAACAUUAAGUCCACUCCUGGUAAAAAGUAUAAAUUUGUUGCAACCGGCCAUGGCCAGUACAAGAAGGUGUUGGUAGAUGAUGCUGCAGAGCAAUAGCAUGCCUGGAGAACUCAUUAAC